AUUUUCCAAGUUUUGAUUUUUCAUCGAACGCAAACGACAACAAAGCGAACAAAAACACUUUCUGCGCGCUGCGCACUCUGUGAAAACGUCAAGUGUCAAACGCAGUGGCAUCUCUGGUCAUUCCAUUAGCGACUCCAGCGAGGCGAGAAGCGGAAGUCGCCUCAGCGUUGCUGUCACUUUCAUUGACAAACGUAGCUGCACUCCUCUCCAGAAGUUACCUUCGGAAGCUGUGGCCAUGGACCGCCUGUCUCCUUGCUGUGCUUCCCUUUGCUCAUCAGACAGAGACAAGCCAGAUAAGCGUGACUUGACGGUGAUCCUACCCGAUGAUGUGGUGGCUACAAUUUUCUCCUUUCUGCACCCAACUGAUCUCGUCUCAUAUGUUCCUCUUGUUUGCAAGAGAUGGUAUCAACUAUCGAAACAUCCUGAUGCCUGGCGCUAUGCUGAUUUAACAAUUGUACCCAGUAGACUAAUGGAAAAAGCGUCUGAAAUUUCAAAGUCUACAUGGAACCUCGGCAAUCAUCUUGUGAAUAUGACCAAAGCGGCUCCAUACCUGCGCACAGUUGACCUGAGUAUGGUUGAUUCAAUCUAUCCCUGUGCAGAAAAUGUUGUCAAGGUUCUGCUAGAAGGCAAUACAAUUGUCAAAAACUUCUAUACUUUUCCCAAGUGCACUAAAAAGAUGCAACCCUACACAAUGAAAUUGCUUCAAAAGCUUUCUCCUUCAUUGCGCUCAAUCAAAUUUUCUUGUGGUGGUGGAGAUUCCAAGAAAGCAGCAACUUUCUUUGAGGGUGUAAAUGAAUUGCUUCAAAUAAUAUCUGAAGCUCCAAAGCUUAAUUACCUUACCCUUGAUUUUCGUAAUCUAAGGAGUUUUCAAGGAUAUGCAGGUCAACUUGGGCAAGGCUGUUCUGCACUGAGAAAGUUUGAAUUGAUGAACCAUCAGCCUUGUCAAGAUCAUAUUAUCCUGGAUGUUCUGAGAAACAAAAAAGAUCAACUUGUACAAGUUGGAUUUGAUUCAGAUAUCAGCCAAGAUGUAGCUGAUGCUCUAAAGGAAUGCCAUGGCCUUUUAAAAUGUCGCUUACUUCAAAAAAAUAUUUCUCUUGUUGAGAGUAUGAGCCAGCUGGAUGCACUUGAAGUCAGCUUCAUUGAAGUUCGUACUCCACGUGACAUUCCAGUUGAUUGCAUUAAGUCCUCCAAUAUUUUGCCCCACAUUUCAAAACUAACUUUGAAGGGUAGCUCGGCUAGUGGGUUCAAUUCUACUUUAAUGUCAGAAGUGUCUACUAAUACUGUUGAUGUAUUAGCUCAAAAAUGCAAAAAUGUUGUUGUUUUUAAAUUGGUUGACAUUAAUCUACCUGACCAUCUUCUGAAUUCGCUUAUGACCAACUUCCCAAAUUUGCAGGAAAUAUUAGUUGACUCUUGCGAAGGCAUAACAGCUCAACACAUAAAAAAGUUAUCUGAGCUGCCUUCUGUGCGGGUGGUUACCAUGUGUGAUAUCAUUGUUAAAAGUAAAGAGGCUAUUUUAGAAUUAAAGACAGCUUUUGAAGCAUUGAGACUUGCAAAACCCUAUGCUGUUCUUUCUCUUAGUUACGAAAUGUCUCCAUUUGAUAUACUGGAUGAUGAUUCUGAUACAGAUGGUGAAGAUCGUGAGUAUGAUGAAUUUGGUGACCCUGUAUUUACUUACUAUGAUUAUUUGCGCAACAGAUAUGGAGAUGACAUUAGUGAUAUGGAUUUGUGGGCUCUAGCCUCUUCUGAUGAAGAUUGAGAAUCGAAAAUAGAUCAGGAUCAGUGCACAUUAAAGAACUCAUUUUUUUCCUAGACGUGUUUAUCUAUGUAUGUAGAGGGAGAGGGAGAGAGAGAAAUUUGUUUUAUGGCCUUUUGGCUUUGCCCAUAGUAGCCAUUUAUCUAUGUAAAUACAUAUCUUCUUGCCUUUGAAAAAAGAAAUGCAUGAAUCCUUUCGUUUAAAUUGAUAUUUUAAAAUCUAAAAUAGAUCAGGAUCAGUGUACAUCCAUUAGUUGUCUAUAAAUCAUCUAAGAACUAAUUUUUCCUAGACCUGGUGUUUAUCUAUGUACAUAUUUAUCUUGUUGCCUUUAAAAAUAAAAAUGCAUGAAUCCUU